AUGGGAAGUAAUGUUAGAAGAGAUCCUCCAUCGGAGUCCCAAAGAGAGCUUCUGUACUCGGGUGAUAAUAAUGAGAUGAUAGAGCAAGGGACUGUUACUGAAGCCUGGAAACUCAACAUGAACAAAUUUGAAUUGCCGAAAACACCCCUCCCUUCUCGUUUCAGUUUCCGUGUAUACAUAUAUUACCUAGGGAGAGACAGGAAAAUUAAAGCAUAUUACAAAAGGCAAGAAAGGCUUCUUGAACGGUUUAGCCAAGUGGAUGCAUUUUUCGAGUUGGAAAAUUUAACCCAGGUAAAUGAUGAAAUUAAACAAGUCGGAAGACAAGAGAAUAUGGCUAUUUACGCAUCGAAUAUAGCAAAUUUUGUAAUUUUAUUAGCCAAAAUUUAUGCUUGUGUCGCGAGCAAAUCCUUGGCGGUUAUAGCUUCAACCUUAGACUCUCUACUCGACCUUUUGUCUGGUUUUAUUUUGUGGUUUACUGCUUAUUCAAUGGCAAAACCAAAUUACUAUCGUUAUCCUAUUGGCAAAAAUAGGAUGCAACCUCUGGGAAUUCUUGUCUUUGCAUCGGUAAUGGCUACUCUUGGUUUGCAAAUUUUAUUUGAAUCUGGUCGACAGCUUAUCACCAAGACUCAACCAGAAAGGGAUCCUGAAAAGGAAAAGUGGAUGAUAGGAAUCAUGGUAUCUGUGACAGCCGUCAAAUUUCUACUACUGCUUUACUGUCGGAGAUUCCAAGACAAGAUUGUAAGAGCAUAUGCUCAAGAUCAUUUCUUUGAUGUCAUUACAAACUCAGUGGGUCUAGCGGCGGCUGUUUUAGCUGUCAAAUUCUACUGGUGGAUUGACCCUCUUGGUGCCAUUCUUAUAGCGGUAUACACAAUGGCAAAUUGGGCGAGAACAGUGAUGGAGAACGUGUGGUCAUUGAUUGGAAAGACAGCACCGGCGGAGUACAUAGCUGAGUUAACCUACUUGGUGUGGAACCAUGAUGAGCAAAUUAAGCAUAUAGAGACAGUAAGGGCAUAUACAUUCGGCAGUCACUAUUUUGUGGAGGUUCAUAUUGUUUUGCCACCGGACAUGUCCUUAACUCAAGCACAUCACAUAGGAGAAACACUGCAGGAUAAGCUUGAACAACUUUCGGAAGUAGAACGAGCGUUUGUACAUGUAGAUAUUGAUAUCACACAUUAUCCAGAACAUAACCACAAAUCUAAAAAACACUCGGGUAAUAAUAUACACACCACACAUACACAACCAUAUUAG